UUAUUCCAGUGGGUAAAAUAAAAAUGAUCCAAUUACGUAAUAUCUUAACUUUUUUUAUCAUUUUCAUCAAGAUUUUCCUGAUUUCUGAUGGACAGCCAGUAUGGUCAACGCAAACGUAUUGUCUAAUUUGCCGCGAUCAUACAAUGUGCAGAUAUCACUUAAGUUUUCCCAUUUGUGAAGGUCCUACAAUUCAACCUCAUCUCACUCUAGAGCAAGUCCAGGAAAUUUUAGAAGUGCAUAAUAACCUCAGACGAAAUGUUGCAGCUGGAGGUGAAUCACAAGGAAAUCCUGGACCACAACCUCCAGCAAUAAGCAUUCCAGAUUUGGUUUGGGACUAUGAAUUAGCAAACAUUGCACAGAGGUGGGCUAACCAUUGUUUUUUUGAUCAAAAAGACCAAUGCAGAAACGUUGUACGCUUUAAAGUUGGUCAAAACGUCGCAACCGCAGGAACUGGAGCAGACCAAAUUCCAACCAAUAUAAUGACUACUUUAGUAAAUGAAAUGUAUAGUGAAGUAAUGUAUUUCGAUAGCAGACAAGUCGAAAACGUCACGGUAAGUGUACCAAUUGCCGAGGGUGUUCCAUUUGUCGAUGUUACCAUGAGAUUUCACAAAAGUUGGAAGAUAUACUCAAAUGAUGUGGUCAACUACAACAAAUAUUGGCUGUGGUUAUGUAAGUUAUCGACUGGGGCCUAUAUUUAAGAGACUUUUUUUGGUUUGCAAUUAUGGUCCUGCGGGCAAUAUUCCAAAUGGCAAAGUAUACGACAUUCGUCGUUAGUAACAAUAUUGUGUUCUAUUUUUAUUUAUAAUUUUUCUUCUGUAGC